CAUCACCACCACCAACCCCAAUUCACACAAUUCACCGUUCUAAAAAUGCCUGCUGCAAAGGUCGUGGAGGAGACGGGCGAGUCUUCGACUGCCGCUUCAAAAGCCGCUCUCUCUGCCUCAACAAGCAGCGCUCCCAACUACGAACUCCCAUGGGUUGAGAAAUACCGACCCGUCUUCCUCGAUGAUGUAGUCGGCAACGUCGAAACCAUUGAGCGCCUCAAGAUCAUCGCCAAGGAAGGGAACAUGCCGCACGUCAUCAUCUCCGGCAUGCCUGGUAUCGGAAAGACCAGCAGUGUCCUCUGCCUGGCCCGCGAACUGCUCGGCGACACGUACAAGGAGGCCGUUCUCGAGCUCAACGCCAGUGACGAGCGCGGUAUCGACGUCGUGCGCAACCGAAUCAAGGGCUUUGCCCAGAAGAAAGUCACACUCCCUGCUGGCCGCCACAAGCUCGUCAUUCUCGACGAAGCCGACAGCAUGACCUCGGGCGCGCAGCAGGCCCUCCGCCGUACCAUGGAAAUCUACUCCAACACGACCCGCUUCGCCUUUGCCUGCAACCAGUCCAACAAGAUCAUCGAGCCGCUGCAGUCGAGAUGCGCCAUCCUGCGCUACGCCAAACUGACCGACGCGCAGGUCGUCAAGCGCCUGAUGCAGAUUAUCGAGGCCGAAAAGGUUGAAUACAGCGACGACGGCCUGGCCGCCCUCGUCUUCACGGCCGAAGGCGACAUGCGUCAAGCCAUCAACAACUUGCAAUCUACACAUGCCGGUUUCGGCUUCGUCUCGGGCGACAAUGUCUUCAAGGUGGUCGACUCGCCGCACCCAAUCAAGGUGCAGGCCAUGCUCAAGGCGUGCUACGAGGGCAAUGUCGACUCGGCGCUCGACACGCUCCGCGAGCUCUGGGACCUGGGCUACUCGAGCCAUGACAUCAUUAGCACCAUGUUCCGCGUCACUAAGACGAUUCCUACGCUGAGCGAGCACUCCAAGCUGGAGUUUAUCAAGGAGAUUGGCUUCACGCACAUGAAGGUGCUCGAGGGCGUGCAGACGCUGCUGCAGUUAAGUGGCUGCGUUGUCCGCCUGUGCAAGAUUAACAUGGAUCCCAAGCGGUUCAAGGUCUCGACAAAAUAGAAGAGAAAGUGAUUGUGUAGCCUAGUUGCAUUUGUUUGGCGUUGGGUCUAAGGGAAAAGCUCCAUGUAUCACGUUGUGGGCACAAGACUGUCCGCAUA